GAGGAGGGGGCGGGGCAGCCGCGGCACCGCCUCCUGGGGGGACUGCGGGGCCGCCGCGGCCAGGUGAGGUGGCCGUUCCCUCCUGCCUUUCCCGCAUUUCUUUCUUUCCUUCCCAUUCCUGGCCCGGCCGGGACGCAGGUUAAAAAGUUAUACCAUCUCAGGGAAGCAGCAGUGCACUGUGGGUUUCUUGGAGCAGCAACUCUGGUCAGUAAUGAGCAGAUGAUAAAGAGUUAAACAGUGCCUGGUAAACAACGUAAUCACAGUGGCAACACUGUACAAGCAAAGACAUCAAAGAGCGGGGGACUUUGGUGUUCCCAUGUCAGUUGGAAACAUGCCCAGGAUCUCAGCUGCCAGAGUGCCUGCAAUUUUUACAUAGAUUUCUAUAGGUCUUGUAACCAUGUCUGUUAAUGCGACAGAGAAUGAUCCUCCCAGAUUCUUUGUGGGUGGAGAAGAUGGAGAAGGAUUAUUGGAUUCAGCCAGAUCUACAGAUUAUGAACACUUCUAUGACCAUGGGGAAGAAGAGGAGGAAGAGUACGACUCUCCACCAGAAAGACAAAUUGCAGUUGGGAUUUGUUCAAUGGCUAAGAAAUCAAAGUCCAAACCAAUGAAAGAAAUUCUUGAACGCCUCUCCAUGUUUAAGUAUAUAACUGUGGUGAUAUUUGAAGAGGAUGUUAUUUUGAAUGAGCCAGUUGAAAAUUGGCCUUUAUGUGACUGUCUCAUUUCUUUUCACUCUAAAGGGUUUCCACUGGACAAAGCAGUAGCUUAUGCAAAACUCAGGAAUCCGUUCAUAAUCAAUGACUUGAAUAUGCAGUAUCACAUACAAGACAGAAGAGAAGUCUAUGGCAUUCUUAAAGCUGAAGGAAUUUUACUUCCUCGCUAUGCAGUUCUGAACCGUGAUCCAAACAAUCCCCAAGAAUGCAACUUGAUUGAAGGAGAAGAUCACGUGGAAGUGAAUGGAGAAAUUUUCCAGAAGCCCUUUGUAGAAAAGCCAGUUAGUGCUGAGGACCACAAUGUUUACAUUUAUUAUCCAACAUCUGCUGGGGGUGGAAGCCAGAGGCUCUUUCGAAAGAUUGGCAGCAGAAGCAGUGUUUAUUCUCCUGAAAGCAGUGUGAGGAAAACAGGCUCCUAUAUUUAUGAGGAAUUCAUGCCUACAGAUGGAACUGAUGUGAAGGUGUACACGGUAGGUCCAGAUUAUGCUCAUGCUGAGGCCCGGAAGUCUCCAGCUCUGGAUGGCAAAGUAGAACGAGACAGCGAAGGAAAAGAAGUGAGAUAUCCAGUCAUCCUGAAUGCAAGAGAGAAGUUAAUUGCUUGGAAAGUAUGCCUUGCCUUUAAGCAAACAGUUUGUGGCUUUGAUUUGCUACGUGCAAAUGGACAGUCCUAUGUCUGUGAUGUGAAUGGGUUCAGUUUUGUGAAAAACUCCAUGAAAUACUAUGAUGAUUGUGCUAAGAUACUGGGAAAUAUCAUAAUGAGAGAACUUGCUCCCCAGUUUCAAAUACCAUGGUCAAUUCCUUUGGAAGCUGAAGACAUUCCUAUUGUGCCUACCACCUCCGGAACAAUGAUGGAGCUUAGAUGUGUUAUAGCUGUAAUACGCCAUGGGGAUCGAACACCAAAGCAAAAAAUGAAAAUGGAAGUAAAACAUCAGAGAUUUUUUGAUCUCUUUGAAAAAUGUGAUGGAUAUAAAUCUGGAAAACUGAAACUGAAAAAACCAAAACAGUUGCAGGCAAUACUUGAUAUAGCAAGGCAGCUCCUUUUAGAACUUGGGCAAAACAAUGAUUCUGAAAUUGAAGAAAGUAAAGCAAAACUUGAACAGCUAAAGACUGUGUUAGAAAUGUAUGGGCAUUUUUCAGGCAUAAAUCGCAAAGUUCAGUUAACAUAUCUUCCUCAUGGCUGCCCUAAGACUUCCAGUGAAGAGGAAGAUAAUAGAAGAAAUGAGCCAUCCCUGCUUCUGGUUCUAAAAUGGGGAGGAGAGUUGACCCCUGCAGGCAGGGUUCAAGCAGAGGAGCUUGGAAGAGCUUUCAGGUGUAUGUAUCCAGGUGGACAAGGAGAUUAUGCUGGAUUUCCUGGAUGUGGAUUACUUAGAUUACAUAGCACUUACCGACAUGAUCUCAAAAUCUAUGCUUCUGAUGAGGGACGAGUUCAGAUGACUGCAGCAGCUUUUGCAAAGGGACUACUGGCCUUAGAGGGAGAGCUGACUCCUAUUCUUGUCCAGAUGGUAAAAAGUGCUAAUAUGAAUGGUCUGUUGGACAGUGACAGUGACUCUUUAAGCAGCUGUCAACAUCGUGUUAAAGCAAGGCUCCAUGAAAUUCUCCAGAGAGACAGAGAAUUUACUGCUGAUGACUAUGAUAAGCUCACUCCAUCUGGAAGCAUCUCACUGAUAAAGUCAAUGCAGGUUAUUAAAAAUCCUGUAAAGACAUGUGACAAGGUCUAUUAUUUGAUACAGAGUUUGACUUCUCAGAUCAGGCAGAGAAUGGAAGACCCAAAGUCUGCAGAUAUUCAGCUGUACCACAGUGAAACUCUAGAACUGAUGUUGCGCAGGUGGGCCAAGUUGGAAAAAGACUUCAAAACAAAAAAUGGAAGAUACGAUAUUAGCAAAAUUCCUGAUAUUUAUGACUGUAUAAAAUAUGAUGUACAACACAAUGGAUCCUUAAAAUUAGAAAACACAAUGGAAUUAUAUAGGCUUUCAAAAGCUUUAGCUGACAUUGUGAUUCCUCAGGAAUAUGGUAUUUCUAAAGCUGAGAAACUGGAGAUUGCCAAAGGUUACUGCACACCUCUAGUCAGAAAAAUUCGUUCUGAUCUUCAGAGAACUCAAGAUGAUGACACUGUAAAUAAGCUUCACCCUCUCUACUCCAGGGGUGUUAUGUCCCCAGAACGCCAUGUUCGUACCCGGCUGUAUUUCACCAGUGAGAGUCAUGUCCACUCUCUGUUAUCCACCCUUCGUUACGGUGCCUUAUGUGAUGAAUCAAAAGAUGAGCAAUGGAAACGAGCUAUGGAUUACUUAAAUGUGGUCAAUGAACUCAAUUACAUGACACAGAUUGUUAUAAUGCUCUAUGAGGAUCCAAACAAGGAACUUUCUUCGGAAGAACGUUUUCAUGUAGAGCUGCAUUUCAGUCCAGGAGCUAAAGGCUGUGAGGAAGAUAAAAAUUUACCAUCUGGAUAUGGAUACAGACCUGCCUCCAGAGAGAAUGAAGGCUCAAAGAAAACCUCUCAUAGAAAUGAUAGUGAUGAGGAGGUGCACGCUCCUAAACGAGAUGAAACGGAUCGAUCAGUAGUGAUGUUCAAGCCAAUGGUAUCAGACCCAAUUCACAUACACAGAAAGUCACCCCUUCCACGAUCUAGGAAGAUUGGUUCUGUUGAAGAAGAGAGCCCCCUGAGUGUGUCUAGCCCAGAGUGUAUUGGUACCUGGCUGCAUUACACCAGUGGUGUGGGUACUGGGCGUCGAAGACGCAGAUCAGGGGAACAAAUCACUUCUUCCCCUGUCUCCCCUAAAUCACUGGCUUUCACAUCCAGUAUUUUUGGCUCAUGGCAACAGGUCCUAUCAGAAAGCAAUAGUAACUUACGAACACCAAGAACUAUUCUGGAACAAAAGCAGAGUGGUCUAGGGUCUCACUGUGCGGGCCUGUUUAGCACCUCAGUGCUCGGGGGUUCUUCAAGUGCACCUAACCUACAGGAUUAUGCUCGUACGCAUCGUAAAAAGCUGACUUCUUCUGGCUUCAUAGAUGACACCACACGCGGUUCUGCUGUUAAAAGGUUUUCUAUCUCAUUUGCUCGACACCCAACCAAUGGUUUUGAACUGUAUUCGAUGGUGCCUUCUAUUUGCCCUUUGGAAACUCUACACAAUUCCUUGUCUCUGAAGCAGGUGGAUGAAUUUCUGGCUUCUGUUGCUGCUCCAUCAAGGGAAAAUCUACAGGAGACAUCUUCUCCAACUUACAUGAUGCCCCAUUCAGGAAGAAAAAUUUCUUUAAAUACAUUUACCCCUGCAAAAAUUCAACCAAUUCCACUUGAAACUUUGCCUGAAAGGCUAGUGGUGGAGAAACUAACCUUAUCUACCCUUGGAUGUCCUGUUAAUGUAUCUAAUAUUAAACCAUCUCUUGAAGAGGCCUCACUAGAUGCAGAACUUUGUGGUAAAACUCUUUCUGAGAAGAAAUGAUCAGACAAAACUGGAAACAACUUCUUAAAUGGUUAUUUAGUGUGCAUUCAAGCAAGUUACUGAGAUGUCAAAAGCCACUUAUGUCUGCAUCUCCAAUUCAUAGUGCACUUAAAAGAUCUUUAUACAUGGUUAACUAGUGUGCACAGUAAUUAGGUCCAGCGUCUUUUCUCAUUUUCUAAAACAUAGUAUACUUACCAGUUUGAUGAGCAUCACAGCUUUUAAUGGAAAAGCUGCACAUAAACCUUUUCUGUGUCUUCAAAUAUCUACUGUAAACAUGUACAAAAAGAAGAUGGUAUGUAUUACAGUGGCUCUGUUGUUGUCACUAUAAUGAAAGCAUUGUCUGUUGUCAUCAUAAACUCCUAUUUUCAGGAGUUUAUAAUCUCCCUGUGAAUUUCUUCUGUGUGCUAAAACAGAACACGCAUCUUGACUUUUUUUCAAUUUAACUACAUUUCCAAAGAGAUCUCUUUUCUCUGGUUUGGAGAUAAGCAGAUAUUUCUGCAUUUUAAUUAUAUCAUAUUAUAUAUGCUGCAAUAAUUAGGCAUGGUGGAGUGAGUUCAUGUAUCAGCACUUUUGAUUACUCUUUUUUUUUCUCUGUGUUUACAUCAGACCCGUAACAUUCAAAUCUACCUUCUCUUUUAUUGUUUAAUACACAUGCUUUUAUACAGAUACCUGUAUAUCAUCCAGCAGAUAACACUGUCCUUUAUAUGUUUUAAUCAAAACAUAUGUUUUAUCAAAACUGUCUUUUAUAUGUUUUUAUCAAAACCUUCUUUUGCUUACUAAAAAAGACAGUUUUAUUUUCCUUGCCAUGUUUUUCUAGAAAAAGGUGAUACUAAAAAGCAGGUUUUGUAGAAUGAGAAAUGGUUACAGCUGGUCUGCUACUAAAUUUAUUCUAAAAAUUGUAACUAUUCCACCUAUGCUUUAUUGUCAUCCUUUUAGCACAGAGAGAGACUGGACUACCAGAACUCAGUGCAUACUAUUCCAAAAUACUCAGGAUUUGUCAUGGCCUGGGUAUUUUCAUACCUCCCUCCUUCCAAUCUGUUGGUUGACAGCAACUCUCAAGAAAAAAAAACAACAACAACAA